AUGAGCUCGCAGCUGGAUCACGGCCCGCGGCCAACCACGGGGCAAGACGUGCGCGUGCAGGACGGCAACCUCGUGUGGACGAGCCCCGCCAACAGAGGCGACGGCGCACAGCAACAGGUCCGCCUCGACGAGGUUCUCUUCACACUGCCCGCCGCCGACGCGCACGCGGGCUCCAUCAUCGUGUGCCUCAAGGAACAUGACGGCGCCGAGAAGCAGACGCCGCCCCAGCCGCCGUUCCAGCUCGUGGCCCUGCGCACCGACGAAGCCCUCCCCGACCAGCUCCUUGGCGACGGCCGCGGGCGGAUCGAGAAGCUGCCGGAUCAUCUGCGCAGCUCGGACGCCAACGAGAUGCACGUGGUUGUGUCGACGGGGUCUGGGCUGGGUCUCGCGGGCGCGUUCUGGGAGGAGGUGCUGCGACCCGUGUUGGCCCUCGUGGGGGAGGCGCUCGGGGAGGAGGAGGCAUCGCGGCCGAGCGACGUGGUCGUUACGGAAGAUGCGCAUAGCGUGAGGCGCUUCGCCCGCGCGCUGGACGAGAGACGGCGAGGAGGUGACGGUUCGGCCAAGUCGGCGACGGUCAUCCUGCUCAGCGGCGACGGCGGCGUGGUCGACAUGCUCAACGGCGGCAGCAGCCGUGAUGGCAGCAGCAACGACAGCAGCAGCAACGACAGCAGCUCCCCUGCCGCUCCCAUCGUCGCCCUCCUCCCCCUCGGCACCGGCAACGCCCUCUUCCACUCCCUCCACAAGCCCGUCGCCUCCUCUUCCUCCUCUCCGUCCGCCGGGUCCGGACCCUCGCCCUUGGUCCUCGCCCUGCGCACGCUCUUCCUCGGCGCACCCGCCUCCCUACCCGCCUUCCGCGCCUCCUUUUCCCCCGGCGCGCACGUCGUCUCGUACGUGCCCACCAAGGCUGACGGCAAGGGGGGCUCGAUGCUGACCGCCGGCGGCGACGACGCCGACCUCGCGAGAAAGGACGCCGCCGUCGAGUCCCUGUACGGCGCCAUCGUCGCCAGCUACGGCUUCCACGCCAGCAUCGUCCACGAGAGCGACACGCCCGAGUACCGCGUCCACGGCAGCAAGCGCUUCGGCAUGGUGGCGCAGGACCUCUUGCGCGAGUCGCACCCCUACCGCGCGCGCCUCUCCGUCCGCCGGCCCAAGCCCCUAUCCGCCUCUGACGCACCACCACCGCAGCAGCAGCAGCAGCCGCUCGAGGACUUUUCCUCCGCCACGCACGCCUACAUCCUCGCCACCCUCGUCUCCAACCUCGAGCGCACCUUCACCAUCUCGCCCGCCAGCGCGCCCCUCGACAACCGCCUCCGACUCGUGCACUUUGGCGCCGUGGGCGGCCAGCGCACCAUGGAGGUCAUGAUGAAGGCCUACGACGGGGGCGCGCACGUCGGCAUGGCGUGGGAAGACGGCGACGGCCCCCAGAGAGUCUCGUACGAGGAGGUCGACGAGCUGCGCGUCGAGGUGCACGAGGACGACGCCCGGUGGCGCAAGUUUUGCGUCGACGGCACCAUCGUCGAGGUGCCGAGGGGUGGGCACAUGGUUGUGGAAAAGGCGAGGGCUGGGCUGCUGCGCGUGCUGGUCGAUCCGCGUGUGCUGCCUCGACGAUGA